UUAUGCUGAUGAGCCAGUGAGCUGCGGGGGCUGGACGCGUACUGCAGGCACUACUCACGGAGGGUAGCGACAGGCAGAUCAUCAGUAUAGUAAUUGCUACCAGUCAUUUUUUUAGAGCUCUUCCAGCGGCCUCCAGUUGCCUAUUUCUGCUGAACAGUGUGGACCUCCUGGUCUAAUUAGGAGCAGGCUGGUGACAGGGGGUCGAGCAACAAGUUCGCUCUGAGUCGCUGCUCCCGCUCACCCAUUUCGUUACCGUCGGGAGCUCUUGGCUGCACUUUAUCGAGUCACGCAGUGCCCAGCUUGUUUCUGUAUCACGCAAGGAGAUCGUUGGUUACUUUUCCCGACUAAACCGGAGCGUAAACGACCGCUUCAUCCCGAGCUGGUGUUGCUGCAAAAAAAAACAGACGAUGACAGGAGCAGCAGCCAUCGAGGCAGCAGGCGGAUUCAAAGAAGCACGAGAAGGGCAGCGAUGCUGCGGCAGGACCAUACCCGGUGUCCUGUCAUUCCUCUCGUCUCUCCUCAGCAUAACCUACUGCAUACUACUCAGUGUGAGGACCGCGGCGAUCCAGGAGAGGGUCGUGGCUUUGGAAAUGGGACAUAAAGGAGACUUGUACUAUCACCCGUCCCCGUCUUUUUCCACAGAGCAGCUGAAUUCGGUAGUGCAGGAGCGAGUGGACGAACUUCUGUCGCAGAAAACCUACGAGCAUUUGACUAAAUUACGGAUUGCCCGAGAAGCUCCGUCGGAGUGCGGCUGCCCGGCAGGACCCCCAGGAAAGCGAGGAAGAAGAGGGCGCCCUGGUGAACCCGGGUCUCGUAUGGUGUGUGAAGUGUCUCACGACAUCGCCCUGCUGAGAUGGUCAGAGGCGAUUCUCCAAGGGGCGGGGGGGACAGAACCUGAUAGUCGCCAUGAUCUGAGCCUCAAAGACACUGUGAAGGGCAAGAUUGGGUCACAAGAAUAUAAAGUUAAAGACACCCUGGGCUCAGAUAUCGAAACACUUGACACUCUUAAUGCCGUAGAGAAUCUUCCCAUCAGCACUUUGAACCCAUCUACUCUCAUGGCCACUGUAUUGAUAAAAAUGAAGUGCGCGUACCGCAGUGGCACAGGAUUUCGAGACGUCCAGAAGGAGCUGCUUGUCAAGCUGAAGGUUGAGAUGUUGUGA